UUAGAUAGAAUUGUGGUGAGUGAAAGUAAUAAAAAUAACCCCAACGCCGGUGGAGUGGACGUGGACGAGCAAAUCUGAGUGUAGCUGUUCUAUAUUCUCCGUUACGUGUACGUUUGAGGAUAUAAUUACUUGCUGGGCUGCUUAGGAAUCCAUUAUGAACUACUAUAGACCAGAGCCAACUGUGGUGCCGUUCAGUGGCUUCAACGCUGCUGAGGACGGUGCAGCGCUGCGUCAGGCAAUGAAGGGGUUGGGAACUGAUGAACAAGCCAUCAUUGACAUUCUGACCAAGAGAUCCAACAACCAGAGACAGCAAAUCUCCAAGUGGUUCACCGAAGAGUAUGGAAGGGACCUGAUCAAAGACCUCAAAAGUGAACUUGGAGGUAAAUUUGAAGAUGUAAUCAUCGGCCUGAUGUCUCCUCCAGUGGAGUACCUCUGCCAACAGCUCAACAAAGCUAUGAAGGGAGCUGGGUGUGAUGAAAUGGCACUCAUUGAAAUCCUGUGUACCCGCAGCAACAAAGAGAUCAAGGAAAUUAAUGAGACCUAUGAAAGACUGUACAACCGUCCACUGGCUGAACAUGUUUGUAGUGAGACGAAGAGUGACUUCAGAAGAUUUCUGACGCUGGUGGUAACAGCUGUGAGGAAUCCUCCCGGUCAUGUCACUCCAGAGAAGGCUAAGGAACAAGCUGAGGCUCUUUAUGCUGCAGGAGAAGCAAAACUGGGCACCAAUGAGGAAGUUUUUAAUAAGAUUAUGGCGCACGAAAGCUAUGAACAACUGAGACUUGUGUUUGAUGAGUACAAGAAUGUCUCAGGACGGACAAUCGAACAGGCAAUCAAGGAUGAGCUGGGGGGACCUCUGCAUGAUGCUAUGAUGGCAGUCAUUCAAUGCGUUCAGAACCCCUUGACGUUUUAUGCCAAGCAGCUGCAGAAUGCUAUGGCAGGAUUGGGAACUAAUGACACUACCUUGAUCCGUAUCAUCGUCAGUCGCUGUGAAAUUGACCUUGGAAACAUCAAGAAGGAGUAUGAACGGCUUUACGGAAAAACAUUGGAAAGUGUUGUUAAGGCCGAGGCAAGCGGCAACUACGAGAGUGCUCUCCUUGGCCUCAUUGAUGGAAAUGCAAGUUGAAAGCCAACAGCUUCAUCACUGCGCCUAUAUUUAUAUAUUCCAUUAUAUUUAUAAAUUUUUUAGCUCCAUCACAUUUGAAUGUUUUAUACCCUAGUUACAACCAAAAGAUAAAUGUUUUCGUUGAGCAAAACAUUAUUAACUAUUAAAUUGUAGUAAGGAUUUUAAAUUAAAUAAUUGUUUACAACACUGUUUGGAUUCCUUAAUCAUAUAUUCAAGUUAUUGCCAGCUUUUGAUUUGGUUUGGAUUGAUAUCAUUGAUAACCAAAAGUUCAAAACUCUUGUAAUACAGUAGAUAUUAAAAGAUAUAGAGGACCUCUUUUAGCGGAGUAAUAGUCUUGCAUCAACAAGUGAAUUUUUAUAUACCUCAGCACACUGUUGCUUUGCUGCUUCAGUAAUGUUCUGUAUGUAAUUAGAACAAAUAAUAAAUGUAUUUGUCAAAGUACAAUUUUAACCAACUUCAUUCAACACAAAUUAAAAACAAAGUGAACAAGUAAACAUUAUAACCAGCUGAUAAUAGUUAUAGAAUAAAUAUAAGCAAUAAGUAAAGGUAGACUAGGAUGUAACACCUCCCCUUCUUAGUGAGUUUCAUAAGUUAAGUCUAUCGACGGGUUUAUGUGUCCGUUUUGAUCGUCUCACUGUCAUAGCGGAAGCUGGUGCCACUGGAACAUCUGAUAUGUUGUUACUGGUCUCUGGAUCAUCUGGUAUGUUGGGAUCAUUGGUCUCUGGAUCAAUGUUGUGAUAAUUUGUUACAUGGUCUUCGGUGGGUUCCUCUCUGACUUCUCCAAAAUUUGUUGGUAUGAAUACUUGAUUUACUUCUUAACUUAAAAGCCUGACACUACACCAGUUUUUAAAAAAGCUAGACCACUACCUUAUGCUUUGUUACCAAAAGUUAGUGCAGAAAUCGACAGACUAGAAAAAGAAGGUAUAAUUACAAAGGUGAAUCAGAGUUCUUGGGCUACUCCAGUUGUACCGAUUAUGAAGGCAAAUGGGAAUAUCAGACUGUGUGGAGACUACAAAGUAACCCUCAAUCCCCAUUUGGUAAUACCAGAACACAACAUGCCCCGCAUUGAUGAUAUUUUGGCCAGAAUGGGUAAUUCGACUAAAUUGACAAAGAUUGAUAUAUCCGAAGCUUACCUACACAUGUCAGUGAAAGAAGAACACAGAGAAUUGCUCACAAUCAAUACACACAAAGGUCUAUAUCGAGUGAAUCGUCUACCAUUCGGAAUUGCAAGUGCACCUGCUAUUUGGCAAUCAGCAAUGGAAAAUAUUCUACAAGGUAUUGAUGGUGUUGAUGUUUUCUUUGACGAUGUCAAAAUAACAGCCCACAGUGAGGAAGAACAUUUGAAAAGACUCCGUGCUGUAUUAAAUCGGUUCAAAGACAACGAUUUACACAUUAACGUUUCUAAAUCUCAAUUCCUUGUACCAGAGAUUGACUUUCUUGGUUACCAUGUCUCGUCAAAGGGAAUAAGUAAAAGUAAACAUAUUACUGAAGCAAUAAGAAACCUGAAGAGACCAAGUAAUGUGAAAGAAGUUAGAUAAAUCCUUGGGUUGAUAAGUUACUAUCGAAAGUUUAUUCCAAACUUAAGUGAAAAGAUGCAAGCCACUAUUAAUCUCACAAGAGCUAAUGUACCUUUUAAUUGGACUGAAGAAUGUGAACGAGAUUUUCAAUUGGUGAAGGAGGAAAUGAUGUCAGAGAAUAUACUAUGCCAUUUUGACCCACACUUACCACUCAUUCUAGCAACAGAUGCUAGUCAAUCUGGAAUUUCGGCAAUUCUUUCUCAUGUGUUUCCAGAUGGAAACGAAAGACCUGUUGCAUUUGCUUCCAAAACACUAUCACAAACACAAAAACAAAGUGAACAAGUAAACAUUAUAACCAGCUGAUAAUAGUUAUAGAAUAAAUAAGCAAUAAGUAAAGGUAGACUAGGAUGUAACAAGUAAGGUGUCAGAGGUAACUUAACAAUACCUUAUUGUGUUUUAAAAUGCCAAUUAACUUCCAACAAUCAAUAAUUUUGUUUGUAUUUGGUCUGCAUAUUAUCAUAAACACUUGAUUUUGUUCUUUUUGAAAUUAAACUGGAAAAAAUCACCUACA